UCCCCACACACUUGCUUGUGCCCACAUGCUUGUAUACCGUGGUGUUAGGCUUUCAACCAAGAUUACAGAGUGCAAGUCUGUCUCUCCACUUCUCUUUUUUCCUCAGGGUGCUGUGAAGAGAGCCGGCUGUCUCACAUGUCUGUGCAAUUCUGACUAUGCUGCUCUUGGUAGCGCUGGGCAUCAUUUUUUCUUUCACUGUGGUCCCCACCGAGAAGGCUGAGAACACCAACUACAAACUGCCCGCACUGCUGCUCAACUACAGCGGGAUCUCCCUGCCGCCAGAGCACGUACCCUACUUCCUCUACAAUAACAAGAAGGUCGCCAAGCAAUGUCGCCUGGACCCGCUCUGCCCUUUUAAAGUAAGAUAUGAUGCCACUGCGGGAUCUGUCUGCCUUGUUGGGGGUUACGAGAAGAACUGUGAUCCAGGGAAGAGGUUUAGCUAUCCAGCUGUACAAGCUGACUCUGGAUUGGGCCCGUCACUGGCGGGGAAGGCAGCCCAGGAACUUUUCUGGAAUGCAGGCUGAUUUCUGGGCUACGUCAAGGAGGCGCUCUCUGAGCUCAAAACACUCUGCAAGGGCCAGCAAACCAGGGGGACUUCUUCAUUAAAAUGUAGUAGCCACACUCGCUUCUGUAAGGCAACCAACUUUACCUGGACUUGGUAAGCACGCAGAAGUCAUGAGAGAUACAAAGAGGACUUUUCAGAAUGGGUGAAAUUGGUGGUUGUUGGCAGACUGAUACCAAGCGAUGCACUUGCUGCCGAGGGGGAGAGCCACAAGGGCCCCUUACAAUCUUGGGUGAGGUAUGCUGAGCUGCAGACAUACACAGAAUUGGACUUUCAUCCCAUAGAGGAUGGACAGUGUGACAUCAUCAUUGAAAAACCUACUGUUUUCAUGAAAUUGGAUGCUGGGGUGAACAUGUACCACCAUUUCUGUGACUUUGUCAACCUCUACAUCUCCCAGCACAUUAACAACUCCUUCAGCUCAAAUAUCAACAUCGUCAUGUGGGACACGAGUUUUUAUGGUUAUGGAGAUCUGUUCAGUGAAACAUGGAGGGCCUUCUCAGAGUAUGACAUCAUCCACCUGAAGACGUAUGACUCAAAAAGAGUAUGUUUCAAAGAUGCCUUCUUCUCCCUCCUCCCAAGAAUGAGAUACGGCCUCUUCUACAACACGCCUCUUAUCUUAGACUGCUACAGUGAAGGGAUGUUUAGGGCAUUCUCCCAGCAUGUCCUCCAUCGACUGAACAUCCUGCAAGAUGGGCCAAAGGAGGGGCGUGUUCGUGUCACCCUGCUGGCACGCAGCACAGAAUACAGAAGGAUAUUAAACCAAGUGGAGCUGGUAAAUGCCCUCAAGACUGUGCCUUUACUGGAGGUCAAUGUGGUGGACUACAAAUACAAGGAUGUUCCCUUCCUGGUGCAGUUGAGGAUCACCCACAACUCUGACAUCUUUAUAGGGAUGCACGGGGCGGGUCUCACACACCUCCUCUUCCUCCCUGACUGGGCUGUCAUCUUUGAGCUAUAUAAUUGUCAGGAUGAGAGCUGCUAUCGAGAUUUGGCUCGGCUGCGGGGCAUUCGAUACGUGACUUGGCAGAAAAUGGACAAAGUGCUCCCACAGGACAAGGGUCACCAUCCAACCCUUGGGGACCAUCCCAAGUUUACCAACUACUCCUUUGAUGUGGGGGAGUUCAUGCGCCUUGUGCUGGAGGCUGCUGAUUACGUCACACACCACCCCAAAUGGCGGAAUCGUACCCUUCAUGAUGAACUCUAGAGUCUCUGUGAGUGUGGGGCACAGAAGAACUUUUGACAUGAACCUGCCGCUUCUUCACAUUGGCAGAGUCAUUUAAAAAAAAAAGUUACCUCAUCCACCAGUGGAUAUUGGUGGUUUGGUAGAGUAUUUGUCACCUCCUGUCUAUUUCUUUGACAGGUCUGGAUGGGUGCAAGCAGUGUGGCAGACAACUCUGGGUUGAAUAGCUUCCACAAGCUCCAUUAGUGUCAAAUCAGUUAAAGGACGAGGCGCGCACAGUCGAAACAUCUGGAGAGUGAUAAGAUGUGUUCUAUGUUUCUUCAUUACCUCCGCUGCGUCUGUUUCAUUCCACGCCGACAAAGUUAGCUAAUGAGCAGCUGUUGCGGCGUCCCUUCACAUGCGACAUCUUGUCACAUUUGAUCAGAGUCACCUUGAUGCGAGCCUCUUCAGAGCUGUUGACAAUCACGCCAGAGUUUAGCACAUCCAGCAUACGCCAGUCUAAUAUGAUGUGCAGUAUUCACAUGCUGGAUUCAUUCACAUAUAGUUGCAGACUUUUUUUUGCAGGUAGUUUGCCAUGUGAAUUCAUAUGGUUUUACGGUAUGUUCAUCAAAAACACAAACGACUCUAAAAAAUCAGGGACAGAAGGUAAGACACUCCUACUGCCAAGAGGGAUUUUCUUUUAUAUCAGUAGCAUUCAGCAUUACUUUUAAACACUUUGCAUUGUGAAACAAACAUUCAAGUAUUUGUCAGUAAAAUUAAACACUCCAUUGUUUCAUGCAACAUAUUGAAAAUAACGUAAAUGGGUUUUUUAGUCUACAUUUUAUUUCUGCGUUUUUAUUUACAGUUUUUAUGGUUUUUCUUUUACAUCUGUAACAUUUAUUAUUUAAACGUCUGUAUGUCUUGUUGGUUUGAUGGAAUAUGCCAUUGCCUUCCUUUGCAUUUUACCAAAGGAAAUGCAUUGUCAGCAUGGCGUAAUGAUGAGGGUGCUGCAGGUGUCUGUUACCUUUGUUAAAGCUUUCUGAAUGCUGUUAGUUUCAUAUUUUAAACUAAUUAGUUUGAAAUGGAACGAGCACAAUUUGCAUGCAGUCUGAUGCAAAGCACACGCGUAUUUUGAGAGCUCAGAAGAUCAUCUUCGUGUUUCUCUGCCUCUUCGUGAGCUUGAUGUUUUAUUUAUUGAUGAAACCAUGUUUAACUCGGCCAGACCUUCUUGGUCAGGGCUUUGCUCCACUUGUAGGUGAUUUCAUAUUCAAAAGCUGUGUAAUAUUUUGAAAUAAAUAAUU